AUGGUGGGCGAGGAGAUGUCUCUAAGAAAACGGCUGUCAAAGUCCAGUGACGGUCCUGAAGAAAAGGAAGACCAGGGAAACCCUGCAAAGCAGGCCCCAGAGACACCUAGUAAUGGCCGGGUUGACGUAAAAGAGAUAAUUGCAAAGAAGAAACAGUUGACAGCAGAGGCAGAGGAAUUGAAGCCAUAUUUUAUGAAGGAAGUUGGCACUCACUUUGAUGAUUUUGUGACCAAUCUCAUUGAGAAAUCAGUAUCAUUGGACAGUGGUGGGUGUACUCUCACAUCCUUUUCUGUUCUCGAAGGUGUGAACAACCAUAGAGCUAAAGAUCUGAGAGCACCUCCAGAACACGGAAAGAUUUUUGUUGUAAGGCGAUCUCUCUUAGAUGAGCUGUUCGAGGUGGACCACAUCAGAACAAUAUAUCACAUGUUUAUUGCCCUCCUCAUUCUCUUUAUCCUCAGCACACUUGUGGUAGAUUACAUUGAUGAAGGAAGGCUGGUGCUUGAGUUCAAUCUCAUAUAUUAUGCUUUUGGCCAGCUUCCUGUUGUUAUAUGCACAUGGUGCGCCAUGUUCUUGAGUACACUUUCAGUUCCCUAUUUCCUCUUUCAACAUUGGGCCAGAGGCUACAGCAAGAGUUCUCAUCCAGUGAUCCAUUCUCUCUUCCAUGGCUUGCUUCUCAUGGUCUUCCAGAUUGGAAUUCUAGGUUUUGGACCAACGUAUAUUGUAUUAGCAUAUACACUACCACCAGCUUCCCGUUGCAUUGUUAUCUUUGAACAGAUUCGUAUGAUAAUGAAGGUCCAUUCGUUUGUCAGAGAGAAUGUGCCUCGGGUACUAACUUCAGCUAAGGAGAAAUCAAAAACUGUUCCGGUACCCACAGUCAACCAGUACUUGUAUUUCUUGUUUGCUCCAACCCUCAUCUACCGGGACAACUACCCCAGGACUCCCACUAUAAGAUGGAGUUAUGUGGUUAUGCAGUUUGCACAGGUGUUUGGCUGCUUGUUUUAUAUGUACUACGUCUUUGAAAGGCUCUGUGCCCCCCUGUUUCGGAAUAUCAAGCAGGAGCCCUUCAGUGCUCGUGUUCUGAUCCUGUGUGUAUUUAACUCCAUCUUGCCAGGUGUCCUGGGGCUGUUACUUACUUUUUUUGCCUUUUUGCACUGUUGGCUCAAUGCCUUUGCCGAGAUGUUACGCUUUGGUGACAGAAUGUUUUAUAAGGAUUGGUGGAAUUCCACAUCCUACUCCAACUAUUACAGGACCUGGAAUGUGGUGGUCCAUGACUGGCUGUAUUACUAUGCUUACAAGGACUUUCUCUGGUUUUUCACUAAGAGAUUCAAGUCUGCUGCCAUGUUAGCCGUCUUUGCUGUGUCUGCUGUCGUCCACGAAUAUGCCAUCGCUGUUUGCUUGAGCUUUUUCUACCCAGUGCUCUUCGUGCUCUUCAUGUUCUUUGGGAUGGCUUUCAACUUCAUUGUCAAUGAUAGCCGGAAAAGGCCAAUCUGGAACGUCAUGAUGUGGACUUCCCUUUUUGCGGGCCAGGGAGUCCUCCUGUGCUUUUAUUCUCAAGAGUGGUAUGCACGUCAGCACUGUCCUCUGAAAAAUCCCACAUUUCUGGAUUAUAUCCGGCCACGUUCCUGGACUUGCCGUUACGUGUUUUAG